GUGUGUACAACUGUAACAAUGUUGCUUUGACUUUUCAUAUGUAACUACGUAUUCGACGCGGAGGAGGGGUCUGCAAUCUCCACGGAGAUCAUAGCUUAUCUGAGAUCUCCCAUGUCGCCGUACCCUCUCUAACCUGCGUAGGCUCUCUCUCUCGCUCGCUCGCUCGCUCGCUCCUGCCUAAACGGAUCGGUUUCUAGGGUUUCGCUUUCCAUUACUCGAUGGCUGCUCCACCGGCAAGGGCUCGUGCUGAUUACGAUUAUCUUAUAAAGCUUCUCCUGAUUGGUGACAGCGGUGUGGGGAAAAGUUGCCUGCUUCUGCGAUUUUCAGAUGGUUCCUUCACAACCAGUUUCAUUACAACAAUUGGCAUUGAUUUCAAGAUAAGAACCAUUGAGCUUGAUGGCAAGCGCAUUAAAUUGCAAAUUUGGGACACAGCGGGUCAGGAGCGGUUCCGAACAAUCACAACAGCAUACUACCGAGGAGCCAUGGGUAUUUUGCUGGUGUAUGAUGUAACUGAUGAGUCAUCUUUUAACAAUAUUAGGAACUGGAUACGCAACAUUGAACAACAUGCAUCUGACAAUGUCAACAAGGUAUUAGUGGGCAACAAGGCUGACAUGGAUGAAAGCAAAAGGGCUGUGCCUACGUCUAAGGGUCAAGCUCUUGCUGAUGAAUAUGGCAUCAAGUUCUUUGAAACGAGUGCAAAGACAAAUUUAAAUGUGGAGGAGGUUUUCUUUUCAAUCGCAAGGGAUAUAAAGCAAAGGCUGGCAGAAACUGAUUCGAAAGCUGAGCCUCAGACGAUUAAGAUCAAUCAACCAGACCAGGCAGCUAGCGGCAGUCAAGCUGCCCAAAAAUCAGCAUGUUGUGGUACAUAAACAGAAAGGGGACGAAUCUAAAUAUGUUAAGGGACAAAUGAGAAGAACGGUUUGGGGGGAGGGAGGGAGGGAGGGAGGGAGUUCUCUAUUGUGGCAUUCAGGCUGGUGGAAGCCUGGUAGGGACCUCAGUUUGGUGGGGAUCGUAUACUAUCCUCCUAUCAUAUCUCUGCUACUACAACUAGCUUUAGCUUGUUUCUCACUCUGGAAUUUAUUAUGUUAUAUUUAUUUUCUUAAUUCU